CGAGCAGCAUGGCAGCGGCGUUAAUGCUCCGAGUCUCCGUUAGUUCGCUGCACAGGCAAGGGAAAGUCUGUGCAGACAGGCUCGCUCGGGAACUUUUGUAGAGUGAAAAAGAGACUGUGUCCUUGAUUCAAAUGUCACCUGUGAUACAGAAUCACAUGCUGCUUUGGUGUCUUCUAGGGCAAUGGCUUCCAAAACUCCGGUUGGAUUCAUUGGUUUGGGAAACAUGGGAAAUCCAAUGGCGAAAAACCUUGUAAAACAUGGUUAUCCCAUUAUCGCAUGUGAUAUAUUUCCCGAAGCAUGUAAAGAAUUUCAAGAGCUGGGUACACAGGUAACUGAUUCUCCAGCAGAUGUAGCAGAAAAAGCCGAUAGGAUUAUUACAAUGCUUCCAUCUAAUCUUAAUGCAAUAGAAGUUUACAUAGGUACAAAUGGAAUUCUCAAGAAAGUGAAGAAAGGUUCUUUAUUAAUAGAUUCCAGUACUAUUGAUCCUGAAGUUUCAAAAGAGCUAGCUAAAGAAGCUGAAAAAAUGGGAGCUGUUUUUAUGGAUGCCCCUGUUUCUGGUGACAGCUAUAGCUUAUCAAUCGAACGUGGGUUGCGAAUGAACGGUGAGCAAUCAGCUGGGAAGCAGGUGGAUCAGCUUGUCGGCGCUGCGUUUAAAGCCUCUUAAAGAGACACUACUUCCGACCAUCCCACCUCUAAAAUCACUUUUGUUGUAAAUUAUUUAAAGAAUUUAAAGAGGCUAUCUCCACUUCAGAAAUAUUUCUUCUCUUGGUUGGACUUUCAUUGUUUUCUGGGACUUUUAAAGUGCGU